AUGGCGAUGAUUCUGCAGCGCCUGUCGUCGGUGAAGCUGGAGAAGUGGCAGAUCGGCGUUAUCUGCGGCGCACCAUUCGUCAUUGGGCUGGGAUCGAUUGCGGCCAAGAAGAUAUUCAGCGGCAAGGAGAAGGGUAAGAUGAUUGACUCCCUCACGCCCACCCAGAAGCUGGUCCUGUCCAAGGAGGCCGUCGCGCACAAGGAAGAGGGCAACAACUUCUAUCGCAACGAGAAGUUCCAGGAGGCGGUGCAGUGCUAUGACAAGGCACUCGAGAAGUGCCCAAAGGACCAGCUCAUCGAUAUGGCAAUGCUGCUGCACAAUCGUGCGGCCGCCUUCGAGAUGCUGCAGCAGUGGGACAAGGUUCUGCAGGACUCCAACGAAUCUUUGAAGUACAGUCCCCGCUACUUCAAGGCCUACAUCCGUCGUGCCCGUGCCCACGAGGCCCUGGGCAACAUGAAGGCGAGCCUGGACGACAUCACGGCUUGCUGCAUCCUCGAAAUGUUCCAGAACAAUCACAGCAUCGUGUUUGCCGACCGCAUCCUCAAGCUGACUGCACACGCAGAUGCCGCUGCCGAAAUAGCCAACCGGCCACCGAUUGUGCCCUCGCUGUUCGCCGUCAACAGCUACAUGCGUUCGUUCAUCAACGAUCCCAUACAGACCAUCAGCGUGCCGUUGCGCUCCUUGUCCCAGACACCCAAAGGCUUUGUGCGCGCCCAGCGGGCACUGCGCGAACGGAACUUUGCAGACAUUAUCCAAGGCUGCAAGGAGGAGAUUGAGUCCCUCGAGGGGGUUCGCUACCGGCCGGAGGCCCUGCUAAUGCUCGGCACAUUCCAUCUGCUGUCCAACGCUUUUGCGGAAAGCAAGCGCGAGUUUGAGGCCAUCAUCGCCAAUGCCAGCACUGAUGCCAAACUCCGCGCGUAUGCCCAUAUACGUCGUGCCACCGUCCACAGCCACCUGAACGAUAAGGCGGCUGCCGAGGCCGACUUUGACGCUGCCAAGCAGUUGCAGCCCAAGAACCCGGACGUGUACUUUCAGCGUGCUCUAGUCCUGAUGCCUCACGAGCACUCUGAUGCGGCGCUCGCACUGUACGAGAAGGCGGUGGCCCUCGCACCCCAUCACGCCUUGGCAGUCGUCAAGAAGUGCUACGUCGAAUAUCGUGCCACCCUCAUCGCUACGGACAACAGCAACGAGCAGCGCAAUGAGGACGUGUUGCGCCGCUUUGUGGAGGCCAUCGAGAAGUUUCCCGAUUGCGUUGAAAGCUACAGUUUGAUGGCCCAGGUGCUGGCCGAUCAGCAGGACUUUGCCAAGGCCAACGAAUACUACGAAAUGGCUCUCGAGCUGGAGCCCUGCAACCCGUCGGUGAUUGUCGAGCAUGCGCUCAUGGUGAUGCAAUGGCGUGGGGACAAAGAGAUGGCGGCAGAGAUGCUAAACCGGGCCAUUGUGGUCGACCGCCAGUGCCAGCAGGCGUACGAGACUCUAGGCACCAUCGAGGUGCAGCGCGCGCGCCUCCACCCAGCUGUUGUGCAGUUCAACAAGGCCAUCGAUUGCUGCAAGAGCUACGAGGAGCUAGUGCAUGCCUUUGCCCUACGCAAUGCGGCCCAGGCUCAGAUCAAUGUCACCAACAAGCUGGACAUCGACAUCGAGGGCAUGACCGAGCUGGUCCAACAGCGGCGCCCGCAGCCAGCCACCCUAUAG